UCCUCGAUGCACCUUGACCUGCGGCUAGUGAGCGUUUGAAGCUGAUUUCGCUGAUGCGCUCCUAACAGGCGUAUAUAUAUUGAAGCGGCUCUAGAAGCGAGCAAAAGGCCCAUAGCGACACUAACAGAGCGCAUCGUAUAUUAUCUCCAUUGCCAAGAGAUUCAGAACUCGCCAUCCAACAUGAUUCGCCUAGCUGUCGGUCUUCUUCUCUGCGGUUUCGCCCUUGGACAGCGCAGGGACAUCAACUACGAAGACUGCGGCAGCCAGGCAAAGGUUCUCUCAGCCCAAAUGGAGCCGUGCGACUCCGACCCCUGCGUCCUCAAGCGUGGCACGAAGCCCAAGAUAUACUUCACGCUUACCUCUGAUCAAGAUACCGAGAAGGCCACACUGGAUGCCAAGAUCGACUUGUUCGGUAUCAUGGUUCCGAUUCCCGGCUUGGAGAAUGACCUGUGCAAGAACAUGGUUCAGUGUCCGGUCUCCAAGGGCCAGACCUACUCAGGCACCAUGGAAGUGUUCGUGCCUCAAUUCGCACCAAUUAUGAAGAGUCAUGUCUUGCUCAAGGUGCUGGGAGACAAGGGCGUCAGCUGUCUGCGCCAAGACGCCUGUGUUGAUUGAAUAAACCGUCGGCCACAGGCUCAGUUUCCCUGCGCAUUCGUCCACCACUCAUCAAGCGAAUGCACAGUGCACGUACGAACUGCAUUUAUCAGCAGUCUCCUCAGUCCAUCUAAAACUCGGCCUAAAUAAAUAUCCCAUGA